AAAUGCACAUUGACUUUGGUCGGUCGUUUCCUCUCCGGUCCUCCGACCCUCUCUCGUUUCUGGCUUUGCUCAUACAGAUUUCUCAAUUCUCCAAUUUCCUCUUCAAUUUUCCAUUGUUUUAUGCUCCUAAUUUACCGGAACCUAUACAAUCAAUCAUUAAAAUGGCCCGGAGUAGAUCGUCGUCGAGUAGAUGCCGGUAUUUCAAUCCGGCCUAUUAUCUGAAACGCCCGAGGCGGAUGGCUUUGCUCCUCAUUAUCUUCGUUUCUGGAACAUUGUUCUUUUGGGAUCGGCAAACUUUAAUCCGGGAGCACGAGGAGGAGAUAUCUAGGUUGAAUGGUGAAGUGAGUCAGUUACAAGAUUUGCUUGAAGAAUUAAAGAGUGGUCGAGUUGUUCCACAUGAAAAGUUGAAUUUGGUUGGUGAAACCCGUGGCACGGCUAAUAAAAAAGAUGUAUUUGAGGACCCGGCUGAUGCUCAGCGAAGAGAGAAAGUAAAGGAUGCUAUGCGCCAUGCUUGGAGUUCGUAUGAGAAAUAUGCAUGGGGUCAUGAUGAACUUCAACCACAAUCAAAGAAUGGGGUUGACAGCUUUGGUGGCCUUGGAGCAACUUUAAUAGAUGCUCUGGAUACACUUUAUAUCAUGGGACUAGAUGAAGAAUUUCAGAAAGCUAGAGAAUGGGUUGCAAACACCUUGGAUUUCAACAAGAACUAUGAUGCUAGUGUUUUCGAGACAACCAUAAGAGUCGUAGGUGGACUUCUUAGUGCAUAUGAUCUCUCUGGGGAUAAUGUUUUCCUUGAAAAGGCUCAAGAUAUUGCUGACAGGCUCUUGCCUGCAUGGGAUACUCCUACUGGCAUCCCUUAUAAUAUAAUCAACUUGGCUCAUGGGAAUCCACAUAACCCUGGAUGGACAAGGGGUGAUAGUAUCUUGGCAGAUUCUGGCACUGAGCAGCUUGAAUUUAUUGCUCUUUCUCAAAGGACACUAGACCCAAAGUAUCAGCAGAAGGUGGAGAAUGUUAUUUUAGAGCUUAACAAAACUUUUCCCGAUGAUGGUUUACUUCCAAUCUACAUUAAUCCACAUACUGGGAGAAGGUCAUUCUCAACCAUUACUUUUGGGGCUAUGGGAGACAGCUUCUAUGAGUAUUUACUCAAGGUCUGGAUCCAAGGAAACAAAACUGAUUCUGUAAUGCCUUACAGAAAAAUGUGGGAGAUAUCAAUGAAAGGUUUUGAAAGCUUGGUGCGAAGGACUACCCCUUCAUCUUUUGCAUAUAUUUGUGAGAAGAAUGGAAACUCUUUAAUUGACAAGAUGGAUGAACUUGCGUGCUUUGCACCAGGAAUGUUGGCCUUAGGAGCUUCUGGUUACGGUCCUGAUGAAUCUCAGAAGUACUUAUUGCUGGCUGAAGAGCUUGCAAGGACUUGCUAUAACUUCUACGAGUCAACACCAACAAAAUUGGCUGGAGAGAACUAUUUUUUCAAUAAAGGGCAGGAUAUGAGUGUGGGGACAUCGUGGAACAUACUGAGGCCAGAGACAGUGGAAUCCCUUUUUUAUCUCUGGCGCUUGACUGGAAACAAGACGUACCAAGAGUGGGGUUGGAACAUAUUUCAGGCAUUUGAAAAGAACUGCCGUAUAGAGUCUGGAUAUGUCGGGCUAAAAGAUGUAAACACUGGUGUCAAAGACAACAUGAUGCAGAGCUUCUUUCUUGCAGAGACGCUUAAAUAUCUCUAUCUUCUUUUCUCGCCGCCUUCUGUGAUUCCUCUGGACCAGUGGGUUUUCAACACCGAAGCGCACCCUCUAAAAAUCGUAACCAGGCAUGCAUCAAGCUCUGGACAGCAUACAUCCGAUAGUAGAUCACGCGGUAGAAGAGAAGAGCACACGGCUUUAUCAUGGAUUUGAGGCAUGAAACCAUUAAAACAUCACUGCCCAGCGUUCCAGAUUGGUAUGAUUUGCUGUAAGUAUAGGUGGGUGAUUAUAUUUUUAUUUUUUCCCCCUAUUUCACAGAGUGGGUUCAUGUUAAUGUAGGAGAAUAGUUUAGGUUUACUGGUUAUUCCAUUUUUUUGCAAUGUACCCAGCCUUUGUGGGCAAAUUUAUCUUCAUUCUUAUCACUGGUAUGCAUUUUGAUGCAAAGGGUUACAAUUAUUAUUGUUGUUG